AUGAGGACGUCGCUGGUUCUACUGGUCUCGAUCGUAGCGUUCGCGACCGCAGCACCUCUUCAAGGUGGCUUUAGCCUGAACGCCCGAUUGUUCCCCCGGAGCAAGGACGAGACUUCAGUCUCCACGGAGACCGAGAUUGUCACCGGCAACAAGGACGCGACCAAUGAACCGGCAAAAAAGCAAUCACAGAAGACCGACAGUGGAACGAAAGAUUCGAGAACCUCGUUACCAGCCUCGAUCCCCGGCAAGGAUGAUCGCGGGGAGAACAAGGAGGAUGCAGCGCAUCCGCAGAUGCAGUCUAACGAGAUCAAAGGCAGAACGGCGAAGAAAGGUCGGAAACACAAAGCGAUCUUCGUCAACUAUCCUGCCGUUUCUCAUUUCGCAAAUGUGCCUUACAACGUCGAUUACACCGGUAAUAGCUUCGACACGGAGGAAAGAGCAGUGGACGGGAACAGAUACCAGGAGAGCAAUAUCUUUUACAUUCGGCUACCACCAAGUCCGUACAUGUUCGUUCCAGGUUUAGGCUAUAUCUCCCAGCCUCCGACUUAUACAACAUCUAACCUCCGACCUCAGAUCCCAUAUGCUAAACCCUCAAGACCAAAACAACCUGUUAACCCAUUCAUCAAGCUUCCAAUAGAUUUCGUGAGCAACGGCAAACCAACGUCCGUCUACCAGUGGCAAAAGAAACCUACCAAGAAACCAUCGGACAGUCCCAUCACGAAUUUGGACACUUUGUCAACGGAUUUCGUCAGUAACGGGAAACCAACGUCGAUCUAUCAAUGGCAGACCAAUCUGAAGCCGAUCAACCGACCCGACGACGUGGUCAACAACCUGGACAAGGGGCCCUACACUUUCAACGGCAAGCCCACCAGCUUCUUCCUGCUAAAGCCCGACGGUACCACCUCCGCCCGUCAGCCUAUCCGGUAUCCGGACUACCAACAGGAUAAUUCAUACUAUUGA